GGCGAUGGCUGCAGCCGAGGAACAGACUUCAGACCAGCGAAGUCCACGGAGGCACUCGUGCGCAAUCCGUCUCCCACUCCCGUCCCUGUCGCGCUCUUGCAGCUACUCAUACUGCUGCUGCUGCUAUUCCUAAAAAAUAACAGCACGAGCGGUAGUUAGUUGGGCAAAUUUUUCUUCAGCAUCCACAUCAGGAAGUGCAACAGCGGGGAGCUCUCAUAUAUUAUAUAUUGCAGUUGAUAUUAUAUAAUAAAUCUUGGCUGAACCCGAGUGUUCGCGUCUUCCCUGACUGAAAAGAUUGGUUCCGGCGGUGAAUAUACCAACAACUUUGGAGUGUUUCAGUGUUAUGAAAAGUGAUAGGAAACUCUCUAGUGCGUUGGAUUACCGUCGAAGUGAUUCGUCGGCGACAUCGAGGAGCUGGGAGCAUUUCGUUAUGGUGGACAACCCUAUGUAUGGUAGGAGGGAUGACCUUAUGACUGGAAAUUCACAUUUCACAACUGGAAGUGCCGCCAUGAGUUCUAGUUCUGGUUCAGGAGGUUCAACUAAAUAUAUGAUCAGAGAUGUUGCUCCAACACACUCACGCUUUGGUAAUGUCUUAGGUGUGGAAAGAGCCCUUGAUGGCAGACUUCAUACUCAACCAUACACAAUAAGAACUCCAACCCCAGAAGAGUCUAGAUAUGAACCAAAUUUCAUGCUUAGUCCACCCUCAGCAGAAUACAGAACUUAUGAGUCUUGGUACACAAUAAAAACACCUUCACCUAAACCUGUCAAGAAGACAGAGUCUAGAUAUAUGGUGCGUCCAAACCUUCAUUGCAGUGAAAAAAAAAAUGAUACAAGGUACAUGCUUCAUCCUCCAACACCAGAACUUCCUCGAGGAUUCGAGUCAAAAUAUGGAGGCGGAGUGGGAGCAGACGGCAAGGAAACUAGAACUGGUUCUCUAUAUGAACCAUAUUGGCAUAUUCCAAGGGCAUCAUUAUGGUGCCAAAACAAGGGUUGCGCUUAUGAUUCCCAACACUGUGAUGACUGUAAUUGGAAGCAAAAGCAAGAGGAUACUUUAUCAACAUGUUCAUCAGUGAACCCUCCACCUACAUUCACUGCCCUUGACAACUACAGACCAGUAAGGCCUCGACAAAAAUGGCAUCAAUGCAGUUGUGGGAUCAUAUUUGCCAUCACUACAGUGUUCUCCCUUCUGGUCCUAUUACUGAUAGCUGGAUUCAUAAUUUACAUAGAAAUGGUUCUAAAAUACCAAACGGCUAACGUCACACACAGAAUGUAGAAAGGAAGCAUUUUAUGGCUGCAAAUCAAGGAUGAAGCCAGUAAAUAUGGUAUAAAAUUGUUACUUUAUUGAAGUAAUAGCUCAACAUCUUGCUAACAAAGGUUAUGCCAAAAAUGUUAGUCUAUGGAUUUCCAGUAUUUAUACCAAAGACUUCCCAGUAACAUUCAGCACAUACUUGAAGUGCUGAUGUCUUUAUAAUGUUUACACGGGUAACCAUGUGUGUGAAUGCAUACUAAUGAAACAUUUUACCCAGAAAAUGCAAUAUAACUUUAGUGUAAGAAUAGGAAAAUUUGACCCAAAUUAAACAAGCAAUUGUGUUUCUUGUAGCAUAUUGAAAUAGGGGAUGGGGUCAGUUCUACAAUCUUAUGGAAAAAGUCUGACUUCCAACAACUUCUGGCACUCUUAAUCAAGCUUGUUAACUGCUCACUGUUUUACAUUUUACAAUAUUUUUAUUACAUUUCUGCUAUUUAUGUACCCCGAUCAUGUGUUACUUUCCAUGUUAUAUAAAAUGCUGCAACUAUAUACAACGUACAGUGGGGCCCCGUAUUUGCGCUCUCAAGUAUCGUGGACUCACGCAUUCACUGAUUUCUCCCUGGGCCAUAUCUACCCAUUAUUCGUGGGAAAUUCACCUUUUCACAGUAUUUUCCUCAGAGAAAUAUCCAGAAAUUCCUGGUUUUUUAUAUAAAUUUCAUCAUAAAAUGCACUUUUGUGAUAAAACUAUUAAAAAAUAACAGGUAGAAACAUUUUUAGUGGGUUUUUCUUGAGUUUUACCUUACAAAAUCGGCUGUUUUAAGCAUUUUUGUAGGGGUUCCAACUAAUAGCUGGUUCUAGCUAUUCGUGUGUGUGAGGGGAGGGGUCUGGUACGCAUUCCCCGCAAAUACAUAGGGACCACUGUAAACCAAUGUUUUGUUUACUUGUGAAUUUAUCAAUGUUCUAAAUCUUUUGUGAAACAGCCUAUUAUGAUGACUCCAAUUAUUUACUGCAAUUUAAUAACACAGUAUGUACUCCACCAGCAAAUGCAAAGUUAUUUUUGUUAUUAUUACACAGAGAGGGUGUUUAACAAUAAUAAAUUCACGUUAAUACACUAACAUAGCCCUGAACCAAAAGAUUAAUCCUUAAAUUAGGAUUAAAACUGAAGUAAGAUAUUGUUAUGGAAGUAAGUCAGUUAAUAAUUAAGAGACCAAAAAGGAUGGAAGAAAAGUAAAUGGCAAUAUAGUUCUGGAUCACACAGAUAUCACAGAGUGUCUUAGCAUUAUAUACCUACAAUUUGCUAUGUAAGGCACACAGUAUGUGAUUAUCUACCAAAAAGAAAACAAUUCUUUGCAAUUACAAAAAUGAACCACUAACCUUCACAUUCUAGUGUAUUUAGUAAUGGCAAUAUAUUUAGUAAUGGCAAAUUCAUUUCUGAUUACUGGACAAUACCUCCUUGUAAUUAAUUGACUAAUGCAUGUAAUGGUGACACUGUUGCUGCAGUUUACUUCUUUAGAUACGCAAGGAUGCAUGUACGGUGCCAAACUAUCAAGUUUUAGAUUUAAAAUGUCAUACAGUACAUUUAGCAUACAAGAAACAACCCUGAUUCCUCUCUUAUAAGAGCAACUACAUAUACAACAGUGUGUUGUCCUUACUAGAACUAAACAUUAAAAUUAUAUAUAUUUCUCUGCAAUUAAAAGUAAUAUCCUUUGAAUAACAUCUGGAAUUUAAUUUAGUUUUUGUUAGCAAUACCAAUUAGCAGUUUUGUUUCAUCAGAAGUACUACCAAACAACCUAGAACUUGGAAUUUGGCAGGCAUUAUCUAAUGAGGUAGAACCAGCAUUACAGUUAUUCCAGUACAAUUACAAGAUCCUUUGGGUAUUAGGUAAAUGUGCCAAACUGUUAUAUAACAGGAAAAUAUUCAUUAGAAGUAUACUGUUGCAUGCUACAAAUAACUGGAUUUUUAUUUGAAGAAUUUAACAUACCUAUUGGAAAUUACCACCAAAGUAAAAAACUUAUUUUGAAUGAUUAAUUAUGUACAUAGAAAAACAGAAAUUAAAAGCUUAAGACAAAAUGUUUUCCAGUACACUAUAGUAAAGGUCAAAAUCUUAUUUGUAACCCCAAACAGAACUACUGUACAUUGCAUAAAUUCAAUAUGCUACUCAAUACUGGUUAUUUAUAUUAAAAUGAUUAACAAGAGCUUUUCUGAAUAACUCAAACAGAAAGUUGGAACAUUUGAGUUUUCCAAGAGUUGAUGAUCAAGAAAAGUUAAAAAUAUUCACUCUAAGAGUGCAGUAUGAUCUGUGAUUCAUUAUGGUUAGUUUUAUCUCUGUUAAAUGUAUUGUAUAUAGCUGUAUAGAUUAAGAAAAUUGUUGUAUGUUUUCAACAUUUAGUCAAAUGAUUCUGGCAUUCACUUUUUUACAUUUAUAAAUUUUGUAAAGUUAAAACAAAUUACUAGUUAUGGGAAAAGCCAUAUUGAAACUGGUGCUUUAUUAUAAUCAAACCUUGAUUAUUAUAUAUUCAACAGAAACAUAUUUUUACGUAAGAAUGUAAUAUAAUAAAUAAUCAAGGGGUGGCAUUCUAUUUCCACAUUGUAAUGUUAGCUGGUCAUUUUAGAUUUAUUUCUAUGUGUGACUGGAUCUCACUGAAUUGUUUUCUUAAAAUAAAAAGUCUUGCUGUAA